GCACUAAUGCUAGAAUUGUUUUGUAACACCAACUCACAUGGAAAGAGACCUGAAUCUUUCUUUAAUAAAGAAAAGACAGUUGCUAUCCUAAUUCUAUAUAAAAUAGGUCUUUAAAAAGGUAGUUUUAUAAUGUUUAAUGUUGGAGCCAGUGUGUUGAGGGCUGUUAAGUUCCCUAUAUUUCAAGGCAUACGAACGACAUAUUUUACAAAUACAAAAUCUAUCUCCUGCGACCGUCUGCGCUCAUUUCAAAGUUUAAGUUAUCAACGGAAUAAGCAACCAUCGUCCGCAGCAAAUGGAGGAAAUGAAUGGAGCAGUCCUGGCUUAGAAAAUCUACUUGCUCAACUACAGGAAGCGGUUGGUGAAACAACAAAGACGAAUGAUGAUAUGGUAGCAGGUCCUCGAGAAGAAAAAUUGGAGGAUAACUUUUUGGAUACUGUUUGGCCUGAACCUGCGAACCCAGUGGAAGAGAUCAUCAAUCGGCCUUUCCAAGUAGACCCAGCUGUGCAACAUUUAGUCAACAUGAUUAUGAGGGACGGAAAAAAAACAAAGGCAGAGAAAAUUGUGGCUACUGCAUUGACCAUUGUACAAAAAGAAAAAGGAAAAAACCCAGUGGUAUUGCUGAGGCAGGCUUUAGCUGAUAUUUCACCCAUCAUGAAAUUGAUAACUGCUAAACGAUUCAAUAAGGGCGUCGAGUUCCCUAUUCCCUUGAAAGAGAAGCAAAGGAGGAGGAUAGCCAUUAAAUGGGUUUUGGAUUCAUCUAAAUCGCAUAGUUCAAAACGACUUUCGGAAAGACUUGCUAAAGAAAUUGUCGCAAUUCUUGAUAAUACCAGUUCUUGUUUCAAAAAGAGGGAUCAUUUGCAUAAGAUGUGUCUGGUCAAUCGUGGUAAUGCCCCUAUUCGUGUAUAGUUUUCCUUAUCUACCGUUUAAUGUAUGUAAACGUGUACCUGCUGGGAAUCUUUUCAUUUUCAUCGAUACGCUCACUCCAUAUACUUUGAAAAUUUUAUUGUAAUGUAUGCUAAAUUCCUCUAUAUAAAUAAGAUCAAUAAUAUGCAAUCUAGUCAUUAGCAAA